AGUUCCGGUGGAUCUGAGGAUGCCAUGGGGAGAGCUCCUCGGAUACAUUCAGAGCAUAGUCAGGCUAGGAUUUCUCGGGACGUAUCUGGUCACAAUCGCGGACAGUCGUGGAUGUAUCUGACCACAAUUAUGUCUAUAAUUGGGGAAAUGAAAACCGGUACGAGUUUUGGUAACCACGAUCCCCCAAGGCUGCAUUGCAGCCCACAACAGAAUGGCUUGCGUGUGGCAAAAUGCGUGUUUUGCAAGUCGUUAUUAACUCGUUGAUUCAAGCCAGGGUCUCUGUUAAGGCUGCACUGCAUUCAGGUGGACAACAGAAAGACGAGAGGUAGAACGAACAGAAGGACGAGAGGUAGAACGAACAGAAGGACAAGAGGUAGAACGAUAACGAGAGCCUUUAUUAACUCGUUUGUCGUUAUUAACUCUUUGGUUCAAGUCCCUAUCUGUUUUGCAAGUCUUUACGUCAUCGUUUGACGUCAGAUUGUCUGCAAACAACUUUGCCGCGAGCCGUCGUAAUGGUGUUCAGGUGGUAGAGCAUUCCCGUGGUAAGGGAAAGGUCUCCGGUUUUUCGAGUCCUCCGGUAGAAAGAGUCGGCUCCGUAUCAAGUUAACAAAAAGUGACAUGCUCUGAAAGUCGGGGGAGCGCUAGGCUGCUGCUAGCGGCCGAUCGUCUGUGGACAUUGAGAACGAACAAACCUCAGAUUCCGUCAUUUCCGAGUUUACGUUGUUUGCUGCUGGCAUCGCCGCAUCGUCGUUGCUGACGUCCGAAAUGUGCAAAAACAAAAAGCAGAGGUACUGCCGCGCUGUUGUUCACAAGCGAAAUAUGUGAAAACACAAAACUCUGAAAACAGAGAUAUUUGCUGUAGUUACGAGUGUCGGGAGCAGGCCACCUGUUCAAGGGUACUCUUGCCAGCUCCUCUUCUAGUGUCCAUGUGCGAUGAACACAGUUUGCGAACAGAGUUGCGUACCGCCCGUAUCAAGUACGAAAGUAUCGGGACAGAAUUGUUUCCUGCCGGGCAGCAGCCAAUCUUAAGAACGUGUGUCUCAUCGAUGACCCAUUGUAAAGAGGGACCGGAAGAUCGUCUUCCGGAAGGACGUGUGAAGUCAGUCAGUGUACACACACUCCAGCACUGCAGCAGCAGGAUGGAAAUCCAUCUGCCAGUUUAAUUCCACUUGUGAAUCACUCUGUGUGAUUACCCGGUGAGAGCUGGCACGACCCGACAAGACCCGGCAAGACCCGGCACGACCCGGCAAGACCUGGCAGGACCCGGCACGACCUGGCAUGACCCGCGAGACCCGGCAAGACAUGGCGAGACCUGGCGAGACACGAGCGAGACCUGGUGAGAGCCUGAGUCAUAAUAUGGCAACUGCUCACUUGCUCGACUUGCUCGACUUGCUCAACGUGCUCAACUUGCUCGACUUGCUCGACUCGCUCAACGUGCUCAACUUGCUCGACUUGCUCGACUUGCUCGACUUGCUCAACGUGCCCAACUUGCUCAACUUGCUCUACUUGCUCGACUUGCUUGAGUUGCUCCGGACAAGGUGCAUUGCGCCCGAUGAGAUGCUGGCAGUCGGAGUAGGAGCAGCAAGAGGAGAGGAGGAGGAGGAGAGGAGGAGGAGAGGAGGAGGAGGACAAGGAUACGCUCUCGCUGUUUGUGAAAGGAUGAGAGGCUGGCAGUGGAAGGAGGAGGAGGAGGAGGAGGAGGAGGAGGAGGAGCUCAUUGUCAAUAUAGAUGCUCUGUUUGUUUGCUACAAGGCUUGUAAAGGGUUACAGCAGCGGUGCGGGGGGGAGCAGGAGGAGGAGGCCGGCGUGGUGCACAAGGAGGAGCUCAUUGUGCAGAGAGAUUCUCUCUUUGUUUGUGAACGGAUGAGAGGCGUGCCGUGGGAGGAGGAGGAGGAGGAGGAGGAGGAGGAGGAGGAGGAGGAGCUCAUUGUGCAUUUAUAUGCUCGGAGACUCUUUGUUUGCGACAAGGAUUGCAAAGGGAUACAGCGGCGAGUAGGUGGACGUCCAGCUGGAGGAACAGGCGUAAAGCAUUGCUGAAUUGCCAACCGGUACCAAAUGUUUUUUUUAAUCCUGAUCGUGCAUCAACGAGGGGGGCGUAAAGCGUCGUUAUCCUUGUGGGACAUUCUUUUUAAGUGGAAGGGUGCAGAGAAGAGUAGCAUGGCCGCUGCAAAGGCAAGGACGACGCGCACAAGCUGAGCAAUGGUCGAAAUUAAAAAUGAAAAAAAAGGCGUAAACCAUCGCUGAAUGUGCGAUCGGGUUUCUCCUCGUCAGGCAGGAAUAUUGCCGGUUUGGGGUUUUCUUCCCCUUCUACGGUUUUCAAACUUCUUCCUUUUUUUAUUUUAUGCAAAUGUGGGAUCCUUUGAACCCCCCCCCCUCUCCUCCUCUCCUCCUCCCCCCCCUUGGGAUAAGGAUGACGAGGGCGUUGUCGAUUUAUACAUAUAUAAAUAAAUUUAUAUGUGUAUC